AUGAAGGAAGUUCAGGAUAUGGACGGACGACGUUACAUAGAACUAGGAUAUGACUGCUACGCUGAAUUGCAGACUAAUCCAUCACCAGAAGUCGAAGGUCAUCUCAAUGGCGAACUCGAGUUAAUCAAAAUUAGACUUGAUGGGAUCGAAACCAAAUUGGAGAAAUUAGUUCUGUUUAUGGCGAACAUCGAUAAAUUAAUGUCAACGAAAAAAUCCGGAUCAACAGCACCUGAGAAAAAGGGAAACCAAGAAUGCUUUUUGGAAUUUGCUGAUCUUUGUCCAGUUCAAGAUGAGAACAGAUUGAAAUUGUUGGAAAAGAACUUGAAUGAUAGGAUGUACACUGACAAGUUAUACCGUUUCUUCCAUACCGAAUACAGUUUGAACGGGAAGCGCGAAGGAUCUCCGUUCUUCAAAACUAUCAUGAGAAGAAUGCUUGUGCCAACUAUUCUUCUACCAUUCUCAUGGAAAGGGUUUUCAAGAAAGGUUCCUGGGCCAGAAUCUACAGCGGAUAACAGAAGCUUCAAGGAAACUUUUCCAGGAUUCGUUGCAUUCAUACAACGCAUUGUAUGUGCUGCUGAUAUUGCACACACUGUGGAGGCCAACGACGCUUGCUUUAGCCAGUUUCUCCGUCAGAAAAAUGUUGAGGUUCAACGAUUUCUGGAAGGCAAGCAAGGUCGGUGGGCAAACUGUACUCGUCAACGAAAGUGUUUUUCGAAGGAUGUUGCAAAACGGUCGAAAGAAUCGGUAAGAACCGAUGUGUCCAUCUACCGUUAUCCACCGUGUUCCACUCCUAUUGCUACUUUGCCAAAGACUCCGCUUUCACCACUUUCCGUACUCUACCGGCUUCUCUCCGAAUGUAGCACUCACUGUCCUCCGCCGGGUGAUGCCGAUAGGGAUCAUUCCGGCGAUAGCACAUACUGCUUCCGAUGA